AGCAGGAUGGCGUUGGACAGGAGGUUCUUAAAAUGUCAACAGAAGAGAUUAUCCAGAGGACACGGCUCCUGGACAGUGAAAUAAAGAUCAUGAAGAGCGAGGUUUUGCGAGUUACACACGAGUUACAAGCAAUGAAGGAUAAAAUUAAAGAAAACAGUGAGAAAAUCAAAGUGAAUAAAACUCUUCCCUAUUUGGUAUCCAACGUCAUUGAGCUGCUAGAUGUGGACCCCAAUGACCAGGAGGAGGAUGGUGCAAACAUUGAUCUAGAUUCCCAGAGAAAGGGAAAGUGUGCCGUUAUUAAAACAUCCACUCGACAGACAUACUUCUUGCCUGUCAUUGGCUUGGUUGAUGCAGAAAAACUGAAGCCUGGAGAUUUGGUGGGUGUUAACAAGGACUCCUAUCUUAUCUUGGAGACCCUUCCUACAGAAUAUGACUCUCGUGUUAAAGCAAUGGAGGUGGAUGAAAGGCCUACUGAACAAUAUAGUGAUAUUGGAGGACUCGAUAAGCAGAUUCAGGAAUUGGUAGAAGCUAUUGUACUACCCAUGAACCACAAGGAGAAAUUUGAAAACCUGGGCAUCCAGCCCCCUAAAGGGGUGCUCAUGUAUGGUCCUCCUGGAACAGGGAAGACCCUGCUAGCAAGAGCAUGCGCUGCACAAACCAAGGCUACAUUCUUGAAGCUUGCUGGACCUCAGUUAGUUCAGAUGUUUAUCGGAGAUGGAGCCAAGCUUGUCCGGGACGCCUUUGCUUUAGCCAAGGAGAAGGCACCAUCCAUUAUUUUCAUUGAUGAGUUGGAUGCUAUUGGAACAAAAAGGUUUGACAGUGAGAAGGCUGGAGACAGAGAGGUACAGAGGACUAUGUUAGAGCUCCUUAAUCAGCUGGAUGGUUUCCAGCCCAAUACUCAGGUUAAGGUUAUCGCUGCUACAAAUCGAGUAGAUAUUCUAGAUCCUGCAUUGCUGCGGUCAGGGCGCUUGGAUCGCAAGAUUGAAUUCCCAAUGCCUAAUGAAGAGGCACGUGCUCGAAUCAUGCAGAUUCAUUCCCGAAAGAUGAAUGUCAGCCCUGACGUAAACUAUGAAGAGCUGGCUCGCUGUACUGAUGACUUCAAUGGAGCACAGUGUAAAGCAGUAUGUGUAGAGGCGGGUAUGAUUGCUCUGCGCAGAGGAGCCACUGAACUGACACACGAAGAUUAUAUGGAAGGCAUCUUGGAAGUCCAAGCUAAGAAAAAGGCCAAUUUGCAGUACUAUGCAUAG